AUCCCAUACCAUACAAAACCCGAAAUUCCAGCUUUCUUCAGAAAACUCUUCCCCAUCAAUCGCCUAAUCCAUAAAUACCCAGAUCCGAAAACCGCAAUCGUCUCUCUUUGUCUCCCCGUCCGUUGGUCCGUCGAUAGAUGAAUGCAGCUUCAGUACGAUUCGUUUCACCUCCUUCAAGAUUCGUAUCGAAACCAUCGCCGAAAAUCGGAAUUCUAGAUGUAGCUGAUUCGGAAGCUGUCCGAUUUGCUCGGAAGUUCAAGGGUUUGAGAAUUUCUGGUGUCAGAUCGACGGUUACGGCGAAGGCGAUGCCCGAGUCGAGAAUUUUAUCGGAUUCGGAAGCGGCGCCGGCAGCCGGGCAGAGCGAUCAGGCAGCUGCAGGUUCCGGGACAAAUGGUGUUGUGAUGUCUACUGUGGGAAAUUCGACAAACAUUGUCUGGCAAGAAUGUUCAGUUGGGAAACUCGAAAGGCAAAAGUUACUUCAGCAAAAAGGAUGCGUCAUAUGGAUUACAGGUCUCAGCGGUUCAGGGAAAAGCACUUUGGCAUGUGCGUUGAGUCGAGGGUUGCACUAUAGAGGAAAGCUAACAUAUGUUCUUGAUGGUGAUAAUGUUAGGCAUGGUCUAAAUCGGGAUCUUAGUUUCAAAGCAGAAGAUCGUGCAGAAAAUAUUCGCAGGAUUGGGGAAGUGGCAAAGCUCUUUGCAGAUGCUGGUGUGAUCUGUAUCGCUAGCUUGAUAUCUCCAUAUAGAAAAGACCGGGAAGCCUGCCGUGCACUUCUGCCAAAGGAAAGUUUUAUCGAGGUUUUCAUGAAUGUACCCCUGGAACUAUGUGAGUCAAGGGAUCCAAAAGGCCUGUACAAGCUCGCACGUGAAGGAAAGAUCAAAGGUUUUACUGGGAUAGAUGACCCAUAUGAGCCACCCUUGAAAUGUGAGAUUGAGAUACGGCAGCAAGAUGGUGAUUGUGCUUCACCGAGUGCCAUGGCGGAACAAGUGAUAUCUUACUUAGAGGAGAAUGGUUUUUUGCAAGCUUAACAAAUUACCAGCAAUUCAUAUUUUGGUAUUGAACAGCUGAAACUACUCUAUCCACAUUGCAGACAGCCUAUAAGCAUAGAUACAAAUUUCAGGCCCAGUGAUUCGAUGUAGUUCUACAUUGAUUAGUUUGAUUGAGUGACCAUCAAGAUGAGUCAGUCCAGGAAAUGCUGUGCUUUUUAUCCAUGUGUUUCUGCUCAAAAGUUGUAAUUUUUGUAUUUUAUUAUUGCUAACACGAUUUUUUUUCUUCUUUUGCGAAUAAUGAGUGCCUUUGAUUCUCUAGGCAGCUGAGGAAAUAGUCCAAUCCCAUCAAGGUGGAUUUCUCUUGAUGUUUCUAUAGAGGAUGUUGUAAAAUUUUAUGGGAAUAUCAGUUCAAACAUUCAAAAUCUAUUUGCCAUGCCUAAUGUUCA